AUGGCGGAGCGGGAGCGCGAGAAGGAGCUGGAGGCGAUCAAGGAGCAGUACCUGGGGUGUAAGAAGCCCAAGAAGCAGGUCAUCAAGCCGUCGGAGAAGUUCCGCUCGUUCGACUGGGAGAACACGGAGGACACAAGCCGCGACAUGAACACGCUCUACCAGUCGCCGCACGAGGCCCGGCCCCUCUUCGGCCGGGGAUUCGUUGCUGGUAUGGACCGCCGCGAGCAGAAGAAGGCGGCAGCCCAGCUCGAGAAGAAGAUCCGUGCAGAGCUGCGGCACAGAACAGGUGCCGAGGAUCGCGUGGAGGACGAUGAUUUGGUGGACAAGAAGAAUGCUGCUGCAGCUGAUUCGUAUGACACCUUUGACAUGCGUGUUGACAGGCACUGGUCUGAGAAGUCGCUCGCGGAGAUGACCGAGCGGGAUUGGCGCAUUUUCCGCGAAGACUUCAGUAUCUCUUACAAGGGGUCUCGCGUGCCUCGGCCGAUGCGGAGCUGGAGCGAGAGCAAGCUUGGCUCUGAGCUGCUUCUUGCUGUUGAAAGGGCUGGAUACCGGAAACCAUCACCAAUCCAGAUGGCUGCCAUUCCACUUGGUUUAAGCCAGCGUGAUGUCAUUGGCAUUGCUGAGACAGGUUCCGGCAAGACUGCAGCUUUUGUGCUUCCCAUGAUGUCUUAUAUUGCACACCUGCCGCCCAUAAAGGAUGAAAAUGGCCCUUAUGCUGUUGUCCUGGCACCUACUCGCGAGCUUGCUCAACAGAUUGAGGAGGAGGCUGUCAAAUUUGCCAAUCAUCUAGGCAUUAGGGUCGUGUCAGUUGUUGGUGGUCAGCAGAUUGAGGGGCAGGCUUUAAAGCUCAAGCAGGGCUGUGAGAUUGUAAUUGCAACACCUGGUCGGCUUCUUGAUUGCUUGGAGAGCAGGUAUGCUGUGCUCAACCAGUGCAACUAUGUUGUGCUUGACGAGGCUGAUAGGAUGAUCGACAUGGGUUUUGAGCCACAGGUCGCUGCUGUCCUUGACGCGAUGCCUUCGAGUAACCUGAAACCUGAGAAUGAGGACGAGGUACUUGAUGAGAGGAGGAUUUACAGGACUACAUAA